GCGUUGUACGUGUUAUUAUGCAUACCAUAGAGGAAAGAGUGAGUCACGUGUUCAUGAAAACGAGGUUUAGGCUAAUUAAGCAAGUUUAUUUUGUUUCGCGAAUGAAUAUGGUGUUAUCUAUAACCCACAAGUGUUUCGGAUUUCUGUAAAUUUUCACAAGUUUCUUAAAAUUUUCACCAGUUUACAAAAUGUUGACAAUGUUUUUAUAACCUAUUACGUGUUGACCAUUUAGAAAACUUUGUCAAUUUCUUGUCAUGGCUACCUUUUGGUUAUAUGAAUAUCUUUUAUUCAUGUGGGCAUAUAUAUAAGAAUAAUGUAACACGAAUAUUUUGAGAGACUGAGAUAGAUAUAAGUUGAAGUUAUGGACAUUUUUUCAUUGUCUCAUCCAAGCACAUGUAUUUGAGAAACCCCGUGAUAUCUAUAUAGCCAAAAUCUUAUUUUGUCUGAAUGCAAUUAUUUUUCCUUCCAAUUGUUCCAAGUAUAAUGUGAAAACGUUCUUGGUAUCUUUAAACUAUAGCUCUGAUAUAUGCGGUGUGACGGUCAGUUUGGUUGAAACCUUUUAAUAAAAUUUGUGAAUAAAUAUGGUAAAAUUGGUUAGCUAGUUUCAGUUAAUGUUUGAAUAAUUAGAAGAAAACAGGUGAUUAAAAAUUGGAUUUAAAGCAGAUAUUGAUAAGGCAAAUAUGAAACACCAAUUUUUUUUUGCCAAUCAAACAUUUUUAAAAUCAGUGAUAUAGAAUGGUGGAUUCCUUAUAUUUACAUGAUGAUUUUACAAUAUGAUAAUUUACAAGACCUAUAGAUUUACUCACCAAACUUUGUUUGGGAGUAAGCAAAAGCAUUAAUGUUAUACAUCACUUGUACUUGAUUGAUGUAAACCGAGACUGUCUAGUGUGCACAUGAUGCCACCACUUAAUACGCAUCCUAUGUAGUCUUGGAUCCAACUUCAGGGACGUUCUGCUCACAUGUUAUAUGUUUGACUUAUUCGAAUUUACCCCAAAAUAUGUCUAAAAGGAUAAAAUAAAAGUAAUCAUGGCAAAAGCUAAUUUCAUUCUUUUCACAUCACAUGGACUCGGAAAAUAAUUCUCUUUCACACUCGGCCCAAUUCAUCUAUAGGCCCGUUUUUUUGGGUAUCAUCAAAAUGGCAAAUAUCCAUGCUCAUUUGGAACAUUAUAUCAAGACAGUUGAACAUUUGCAAGUCUUGGUAUCAUUUAAAACAAACCUGAUAGCAGUGCUUUUCCAAACAUGGGAUUUAUAGAUAAGCAAAGAUGGACUUUCAUGCUUAGAAACUAGGAAUGUUGUGACGAGGGGCUGUUUUGUAAUUUCCUACUAGACCAGUUUAGCUUGUACAGACUAAACCAGAUGCCAGCCAAGGCCAGAUCGGUACGAUCAUAGUUUUUUUUUUGUUAAUUUAGCAGUUAACCCUAGGCCGUCCAUUUAAAUCAAGAUUGGGAUUCGACUCAAUUUGUCAAUGGCAGCCUCACUAUUUAUUUAGAAAUCAACCACAACCAUUGUUUAUAAUGAUUGUGCAGUAAAGCUUUAUCCACCGAGGGAAUAUCACGAUCAUCAAUCCAUAAUUCAAUUAUAACCCAAGUUUGCUUUGUUUUGCUUUUAACUUCUUUUGGAUCCUUUCUCAUAUCAUGGUGGCCGCUUCCCUCCGACCACAUCAGAGAUCUCAUUAGUCACAUCAAAGACUACAGUCGGAAAAAAAUAUUACUACUUUAACUUCAAAAAUCAGAAAAUAUACAAAGCAAACACAGUCUCAAUAUUCAAGAUUUCGUUAUCUUAUUUUUAAAAUGUAUUUUUAAGUAAAGGAAAAGUUGGAACUUUAGGACUAACCUCGAUAACGGAGAAAAGAAAAACAAAGUGAGAGCUCAAAAUCAGGAGAUGGGUAUUUUGUGUUUUUGGACCAACGACUAGUCUCCUCCUGCUUUGUUUUAGAGGCUGCAAGCAAUAUCCAAUCCUAAAUUUUAAAUUAUAUGUUACUUUGAGACAGAACCUGAUGCUUCAGAAUGUUCCAAGUAACAUGUGAUAAAAUAUUUCUUUUUUGUGCUAAAACAGAAUUAAAAGAAAUUUAAAUGACAGUAGUAAAUAAAAGGGAGGUCGGAUAAAGAAAAAGAUCAUCCUUUAUGAAUAAAUUAGAAAUGUUUUAAUAAUUACGGGAACUAUAUCAAGCCAAAGUGUGUUUUCUUGAAUCAUUGCAUUGAGGAUUAAGAUCUGUGGAUGAAUUAAACAAGGUGGGAAAAAGCAUUGGGGAACUUAUUAAUUAGCAUAAACAAACACAACCAAAAUAAUAAUUAGCUAUGGUGAAUCUUAAACUUCACAAAGAAAUAUCGAAUCUCUCAUUUCUACAGUAGAUACGUGGAAGAGUAUACUGUCUACAGAGUUCUUCAAUAAUUUUUUGGGUCUAUGCUAUUUAGAUUUCUUUAAUUAAUCUUCAGUAGAUUCUAUACUAAACUACUACAUGAUAUCGCAGGCAAAACCGGCUUUAAGUUAAGAUAUUUUUGGAAUAUCAAUGUUGUGAGAAGAAAAAAGAUGAGAUAGCACAAGUAAACAUGCAGUGCAGCCGAUGUCUUGCUUAAAAAAGGUGAGCUAUGAAUCCUAAAGUGAAGGUAGGAAUCUUAGAAUAAUAUAAAGAAUCGUUCUUAAAUAGAGAAAAAAAGUAUUUGUUUCUUUUCGAAGAGGGUUACUCUGUUGUACCUUUGUUUUCCAAAGUUUAAUGCUUUAUAAGAGUAGCUUGUUCCUGUAGCUGUAGCAGCGAUUUGCAUGGCCCACGGCUCUCGUCCGCUGUGCUGCUGCGUUUAACAAACAAAAACACUUUCCUUAACAACAAAGGAAUUAUGAGAUAACCAGAAUCCACAGCAUAAAAAGGGCGAAAACUUGAAUGAUUAGUAUUGAACACACUGUCCCAAAAAAAGAUAAAGGCAUUGUUAUGUUUCGGAAGUACAAAUCGUCAAAUCAAGUAAAAAUCACUGGACGGGGGUGAAUAUACCAUGUCUGAAACCAGAUAAGAAAAAUAACAACAAUUAAACCAAUAACUAAAAUUUUCAUUUUGUUUUUGUUCUAAACUAGUCCUCCAAAUAUUUAGAAAGAAACACCACAAUUUCUCGCUGAUGUUUAUCUUGUUGCAUCCGUUAUAACAAAAUCGAACUAUUAGCACCAUAGUAAAGUGGCUUAUAAGUUAUAACCAAAUCAUUUGAUUAAUUUGAUUAGGCUAAGCAGUUUGUAGGUGAUGAAUACAGAGAAUCUCACAAAACAUGAGCAAGGUGUUCAUGAAAGUAUAAGCUUAUCAGUUUAACAGGACAAGAAACCAGAUUGGCCAAUUAUACAAUCUAGAUUGGUAUGGACAAAUCAUAUAAUUAGAGAAAAGCAAAGGAGAAAUGAAGAGUGAUGUAGAGAAACACAUGAAGAAAGAUACUUAACUUCCCAGCGGUUUUCGUGUACUGAACUCUUUUGUACAAUCAUUGUCAGAUUCUUCCAAUAACAGCCUUAAUCUUACUUAGAUUUCCAAAGCAAUGCUUUUUUAAGUGAAUCUAAAUUCCUCAGGGUCCCAGGGACCCACCGUGUGCUUUUACACUUUAAAGCUCUCUUCCAAAUCCCAAGAACUGAUACAUUAAAGGACUAUAUCUACAGGGAGGGAACACACAUGAAAUUCAGAAAUUAGAUUGGAUACAAAUCUCAUUCUUAUCAUCCCUAACCUUCUCUUGUUUCUUUGAAGACAAGAAAGAUACUCUGAAUCUUCUUGUCUGCCUAAGAGCAGAAAUGCUGGGUACAAGGAUGAUGCUUUUACUUCUUGUCUGCAUAGGAUUACUAUCAGAGCACAGAUAUAAUGUCUCAGCCUUGAGAAACAAAGAGUUUUUCCACAGACAAUCACAAGGAGACAGAGCUGGAGUUCAUCCAGGUGAAAUUGCUAAGCUAAGGAGCAUCAAUAGGCACAACUGUGAAGAUCAAGUAAUGCUCAGUGGAAACCGGCGCUUACUUGAGGAGGUUAACAAGAAUGAAGUUAAGCCUGGGAAGACACAAGAACAAACGAAUAUGACAACGAAGUCCUUCCAAUCAAGCAAGAGACGGGUAAGACGAGGAUCCGAUCCUAUCCAUAACAAAUCCGAGCCAUUUUCUUGAGUGGCACAACGACAAUCAACUACAGAACAAGGCAAAAUUCUAUAGAAAAUAAAGGGAAGAAAAAAACAGGCUCAACAAUCAACCUUAUCAAGCUGGAGGUAGGUUAGUUGGUAUGCAUAACAGCACUGCCUGUUCAGAUACACAUGGAGAAUAUAUAUUUUGUUCUUCAAAAUAUUUCUUGGACUAAGUCUUCUUCACUCUUUUGUUUGCAAUAGUUCUUCUAAGUUUUGUUCUUUUCUGCAUUGCUCCAAAAACAUAUCUUGUGUAUAUACAAUAUCUCUAAAGUUUUGAUUA